AUGGAUGCGGCAGAAGAGUGUUGUUUCAAUAUAAACGAAGAAAUUGUUUCACAAGCAAAUUUGCAUCAUAUUUGGCAAAGUUGUUGGUUGUUGAAGUACGGAACAUUGGCUGAUUUUAUUCCUCCGAGCAAAGUUUGCUACAAAAUACACCCAUUCGCACCGAGUCGUGCUGGCUACCUUGGAAAUCAUUUCAUACUGGAAUUAACGACCGACCAGUGCAGUGAUCGAUUGGAAUUAUUUUUAAAAACAGCUACUUCCACGAUUCCUGCCCUCGACACUUACCUUGAAGCUAUAGGCACAUCUCACAAGGAAUCGAAACUGUACAGUGAAGUGUUUACGGAAUUGAGCAGAUUUUCCCGUUUUGCUCCACGCUGUAUUUUGGCCGGACAGAAACAAAGUCGUUUUUUGGUGCUAGAAAAUUUACGCAAUCAAGGCUUCCAAUCCAUUGGUGCCAACGCGUCGGGAAUACUUGAUAAGGAUCAUUUAAAGUGCGCCCUUGCCAUCUUGGCAAAAUUUCAUGCAGCAACCUUACUAUUGGAGCAAGAAAAGGGAUCAAGCUUACCGGAACUGUACACGGGAAUACUAGAGGAAAAUGCCUGGAUAAAGAAAAUGAAUAAUCCACGCGUAGAUGAGCUAGCAAAUGCGAUCGAUGUUUUGCGAACAUUAAUACAAACAAUCGAAAAAAAUAAUCCUCAGCUGACGAUGAUUUUGCAGAAAGUGCCAUCAUUUAUUAUGCAAAUAUAUGAUCUCGUGAAGCCGUCUAAUGAGUACAGGAACGUUGCCUGCCACGGUGACCUUUGGGCCAACAAUCUGAUGUUUCGCUACGAUGCUAAUGGUCUUCGAUCAGUGCCUGUGGAAUGUCUACUGAUUGACUUUCAAUUUACUCGGUACGCGCCACCAGCAUACGAUGUGAAUAUGUUGCUUACAUUAACGACUACCGCAGCGUUUCGACGACAACAUCUCGAAGAGUUGCAAUUACACUAUUAUCACAAUUUGGAACAGGAAUUAGAGAGGCAUUCGCCUUCUAAACAAGCAGCAAAUAGUUUAUAUCCUAAGGAGCUGUUCUUCAAGUCUUAUGAACAGUAUAAAAUAUCUGGAUUGAUUGAAAACUUUCUUAUGAAUCACGUUACGCUACUACCCCGUAGCUAUGUGGAUAAAAUUUUCUCUUCUCCUGAAUCUUACGAUAGUUUUAGCGGAGAAGCGAAGAUUAGGUUGUGCUUAGAGGUACUACAGAAUGAUGUCGCAUACUGCGAAAGAAUAACGGAAAUAAUAAAAGGUCUAAUCGAAGCAUUGUAA